AUGGACUCGUCAUCACCUUCGGAGCUGCAAUUAGGCGCACUGUAUGGGCGCUAUCGCCAUUGGCGAUCUCUCCCAGCACAUUCAGUUGAUUGCUCGCUAGUUGACCAAUCUAGAGGUUCUCUCUGCGCUCUAGUCGUUCAAUUUGAGGCGUUAGCACGAGAAGAUUUUCGUGUAGGUUUCGCUCCCGCUCUCGAGGUUUCUACCGAGUCCGGAGACGUCACAAGCACUGAAAGACGUAAUAGACCUCAAAUUUAUUGGAAAUAUGAGGUGGCUGUUGGCACAAGCGGAAACACGGAAGUGGUAUGGCGUAAAUCGGCCUCAGGACGCAAUAAGGAAGUGGAUCUGGCUCGAGUUUUUACAGGCCGCACAUGCUCAGCCCAAGAAUUUGUGCCUUACUGGGUAGUAGUGGACGUUCAGAAUGGCUUGCUGUCGUCUGGUGUGGGUACUCAGUUGGGCCAUGAUGUCCUUUCGACAGUCCAGGAUCAAGACUUUGUCUUUGUGACGGAGGUGGGCUUUACGUCGUGGGAUCAAUCUGUGUUAAUUCGAGGCAUUCAGCUGUAUGGAGUGUACGAGGGUCAGACAGAGGCUCUUGCAGCUGCUAAUGUGGCGGCGUUUCCUCCCCCUAGACUGAUCGUACGGGCUGAUCCUCUAGGAAAGAGGGACAUGCUAACGCCGGAGCAGCACCAGCAGUAUGAGGCAGAGUAUGCAGCGGCAAAACGACGUGCAGAUAGAUUUGGCACGCCAUUUGCACCGCCUGAUAUCAAGAAGUUUGUUGAUUCACGAGAUGUUAGGAAAUUUCAACGCACGGGUGCCAUUGUGUCUGGAUUCUCGACGGGAAUUGAUCUCACAAGUCAGGAAGAAAAGACCAAGCGUGAACAGCGCAUGAAACGCUUUGAUACGCCGGAAUUUGCUGUAGAGUACACAUCUGAGUCUGCUCGAGCGCUGGAAUUAGGCUUGACGCAGGAGGAAUGGGCUCAAAGGCAAUAUGACCAGGAGAAGCUGCGUGCUCGCGCGCAAAAGUUUGGACUAUCGGUGGAAGAGGAUCACUCACGAAUGGCGAUAACCGAUUUGGAGCCAGCUAAUGCUAAGAUUCGUCGCGAGCGAUGUGAUGUAAAAGCCUCUGCUUUAGAAGGUCAAGCAGUGGUAUUUCGUACCGAUGCACUGCACAUGUAUUCGCUCGAUAGCCAUUUUCAGCAAGUUCGUACAACUGACGUGAUGGAAUAUUUUGUGGAAUUUGCUCCGGCAUACGUUGAAUGGCUUAAUGACAGUUCAUGCACAAUUGUGUUCCAUGACAAUUUUAACGCAGCUAGAGCUCUCGUUGCUUUGAGCCAAAAACUUCCACCGCAAACUUUGAAGCAGAUGAAGAACGAAUUGGCUGUUGAUGCGCCUGUGGCUGGAAUAGAUGUCGACAUGGUGGAUACUGAGAAAUUUGUCAGGGGCGCUGCAAUGAAAGACUCUGGUAAGAUUGACGUUCCUGAUGUUGAUUUUAAUAGGUCGCAAUGGCAUUUGGGUAAUCGCAUUAAUAGUCGCACGCAACAUGCUGACAAGAGUUGGCGAGUAUUACUGCGAAAGGCGACGGAUGAUGAUUUUCCACCUGAGAAAAUUCCAAAACAGGGUAUGUAUCACGCUCGAGGUAGCUUGCGCCUGAACUCACGUCAUCGCAAUGACCGAGAAUAUGGUACUGGAUCGCGACGAAGCGGGUCUGACACACGAGCUCAUCCCUAUGGUAAAUUCAAUGAGGACCGUCGAAGAGAGGAUACGUCUGGCCGUCAACGAGGCAAAAAGAAGGGUAACCGUGAUAGUGGAAAACCGUCAAAUCGUAUUCGUGUAAAUUCGGAUGGCUCCAUUAACAUCAUGCGCAGUGAAGUAGCAGGAGAGCGGUGA